AUGACUUCCACGCGUCCCAUGCGACAGACGGCCGAGGAGGCCCGGGUUAUCAUGAACAAAACCCUGACGGAAGAAGGUAUGGGCGACGCUGACUGGGAACAGCUCCACAUGGGGACCCCAUCAGAGCGGCGGUCCUCCAAACGGUCGACGCCCGACGUCAACCCCGAAGCGGCAGGCAUGGGCGACGGCUCAAGCGAGGUCUCCGAGAGACCGACCAAAAAAGCAAAAAGAGAGAAGAAGAAAAAGGGCAACGAUGAGGCGUUGUGGCCGUCCACGACCCCCGGGAUUCCAGUGUGGGAUUCCCAUGCCUUAGAGCAGGACGGUACAUACAAAUUUGUGCCUGGCGAUGUUCACUCUCGGCAGUUCAAGGCGCACAGCAAGCGAGGGUUUGACCGGGCGAAUAAGUUGCUUGCCAACUUGAACCGGUUCGUCACAGACUGGGAGGCGGAAUGCCGAGAUGAGGAGGAACAGGGGUCUGAGGCCGAACCGCAAGACACAAACGAGAAGGGAAAGGGACGGGCUUAA